UAAACAAGCAAAAAUUAUUUCAGGUAUGGUGCACACAACAGGGACCCAGGGUUGCUGCAUUUAAUGUUGGAAAAACGGGUCGAUUAUUCUGUCCAGGAUAUGCGAUGGUUGGAGGAAGUUUUUCGACAUCUUUAUCAAAGGAUCAUCUCUCUUCAUGCUAUUUCUUAGAUGUUGAUGGAGUAUUAAAGAAAGUAGUAGUGCCUUUCCAUUUAGUGUUAAGCGAAAAGAAUAGCAGACGGGCUCGUGACCUGCACUUACUUCGCGAACUCAAAAUGACUCUUAAAAAUAUCACAAAAGGCAAAGCUUUCGAAAUUAUCAAAAUUUUGAGAGACAUGCGUACAUCUUGCACUCGUAUUCAG